UGGAAGUGAAGUGGCCAAACGUUGCAGUGUUUGAGCUGCCAGCCUGGGGAGAAGGAGGACCGUGUUCCUGGAAACCUGUGGAUUUCUGUUACUCACUCCAUAUCCCACUUGGGUGAUUAAUGGGGAGCACUCCUGUUUCUUCACUCUUCACAGCCAGCGGGGGCACAGGCUAUAUUGGAAGGCUCUCUCUGGAGUGCUGGCUAGUGUUGUCCUCAAAGGGCAAAUAUUGUCUUGACUUUGGUAACUGCUAGAGGUUGUUACCAUGGCACCAGUUAUAGAUCAUAGGGAAGAGUGUGCAACCAAUGUGGAAGUCCAUCCUGCUCUUGAGAACCUUCAAGAGCUGGAUGUAGAAAAUGACUCUUUAAUUGCGACUCCAGGGUUUCUGGGUCCAGAAGAAACACAAGUAAUUAUCAUAGGAUCCAGAGCUAACACCAAAGGGGUGCAGGAGGAGGAUGCCUUGCUGGAAAAUGGGAGCCAGAGUACAGAAUCUGAGGACCCCAACACAGACCUAGCUUCCGAUCCAGUGGUGCCUCUGAAAGAGACCUCUGUCUCCAUAGGGCUACAAGUACUCUUCCCGUUUCUGUUGGCUGGAUUUGGAACGGUGGCAGCGGGGAUGGUUCUGGAUAUAGUGCAGCACUGGGAUGUCUUCACAGAGGUGACAGAAGUUUUUAUCUUAGUCCCGGCUCUGCUAGGCUUGAAGGGAAACCUGGAAAUGACACUGGCAUCUCGCCUUUCUACUGCAGCCAACAUUGGUCAAAUGGAAACUGCCAAAGAAAAGUGGGCAAUGAUUACUGGCAACAUGGCAUUGAUACAGGUUCAAGCCACAGUUGUUGGUUUUCUAGCUUCCAUAGCUGCAGUUAUUUUUGGCUGGAUUCCUGAUGGCCACUUUAUCAUCAGCCAUGCUGUCUUGUUGUGUGCAAGUAGUGUUUCCACUGCGUUUAUAGCUUCCCUGGUCCUGGGCUUGGUGAUGAUUGCUGUGAUUAUUGGGUCCAAGAAGUUGGGUAUUAACCCAGAUAAUGUUGCAACACCCAUUGCUGCUAGCUUAGGAGACCUGGUCACACUGGCAUUGCUGUCUAGCAUCAGCUGGAGACUCUAUAAAGAGAUGAAAAAUCAUAUCUAUAUCAAUCCAAUUGUCUGUGUGCUGUUUAUUGGCCUGCUGCCCAUCUGGAUAGUGAUUGCAAGGAAGAACCCAGCAACACGAGAAGUGCUUGCUUCAGGAUGGGAGCCGGUGAUCAUUGCCAUGGCCAUUAGCAGUAUCGGAGGGCUGAUUUUGGAUAAGACUGUGUCCAAUCCAAAUUUUGCGGGAAUGGCUGUCUUUACACCUGUUAUAAAUGGUGUUGGGGGAAACCUUGUUGCUGUUCAGGCCAGCCGCAUAUCCACCUACCUCCAUAUGUUAGGGUCUCCAGGAGAAGAUUCUGGACUCAUUCCUCGCAAGUGCCCGAGUCCAUGCAAGACUUUCUUCAGCUCAGAUGUGAACUCCCGCUCCACACGUGUUCUCUUCCUACUGGUAAUACCUGGACAUCUUGUUUUCCUAUACACUAUCAGCUCAAUGCAGGGUGGGCACACCACUAUGACUCCUAUCUUCAUUGGUUUCUACAUGGCGGCAGCAUUGUUUCAGGUUUUGAUUCUCCUUUACAUUGCUGACUGGAUGGUACACUGGAUGUGGCGCAGAGGGAUGGAUCCAGAUAACUACUCAAUCCCAUAUCUCACUGCUUUGGGAGACCUUCUCGGAACUGGGCUUCUGGCUCUCAGCUUUCAUGUGUUGUGGCUUAUCGGGGACAGAGACACUGAUGUUGGAGAUUGAUUCAUACCUUUUUAUAUGUGAAUGUCUUUCUUAACUUGGACAGUUGGUCUCUGGUUCAACAGAUGGGCACCACCGUCUGUCUGAAGGACCUCCUCAUUAAAAAAAACAAAAAAAAAACUGGAAGUGCA